AUGCCGUCCAUUGACACCAUCACCAUCGAUCUUAACGAUUGCAGACCGACUGUACUGGAUGCUCUUAAUAAAAUGAAGACUGAACAGGACCCAUCUUUAACUUUUAGAAAAUCCUGCAGAGAAGGAAUUUGCGGUUCUUGUGGAAUGAAUAUUAAUGGUGUCAAUGGACUGGCAUAUUUAAAAAAAAUCAAUCCCAGAGGUGUAACAAAAGUUUAUCCCCUUCCUCAUAUGUAUGUAAUUAAAGACUUACUGGUCGAUUUUAAUCAAUUUAUUGAGCAGCAUAAUCGAAUAAAACCGUAUUUAAUAAGAUAUCCACCUGAAGAAAAAAACAUGCAAUUUAGCCAAAGCGUUAAAGACAGACAAGAUAUGCUAGGUCUGGUUGAAUAUAUUCUUUGUGCUUGUUGUUCUACAUCGUGUCCCGAAUAUUGGUGGCAUGGGCAUUCUAAAGCGCCUAACGAUUUUUUGGGGCCUGCUGCAUUUUUUCUUUAUGGCAAGUGUGCCUAA